GAUCAGUGGUGUGACAAAGCGAGCGUUCCACCUCAACGUUAAGUGCUGUAAUUACUAGAGCUGUAAACAAGAAGAAUGAUGAAGUCUGUGACAUGUACAGCGCCCGUGAAUAUUGCUGUCAUAAAAUACUGGGGCAAACGGGAUGAAAAGCUGAUUCUUCCAAUUAACUCCUCAAUCAGUGCAACACUUGGCCAAAAUGAGCUGAGGGCUAAAACUACAGCAGCUAUCAGUAAGGACUUCACUGAAGAUAAGAUGUGGCUGAAUGGGGAAGAACAACCCAUGACAAGUUCUAGAAUCCAGAAUGUGUUGAAAGAAAUUAAAAGACGAGCCCAAAAGCGGAAGUCUCAAGAGAUGGCAGACGACAGCAUCCACUGGCACCUUCACGUCUGCUCCGAGAACAAUUUCCCUACUGCAGCAGGUUUGGCAUCAUCAGCUGCAGGAUAUGCAUGUUUUGUACAUACUCUGGCACAGCUGUACGGAAUCACAGGUGAAAUAUCCGAUAUAGCCAGACUUGGUUCUGGCAGUGCUUGUCGCAGCGUCUACGGAGGAUUUGUUCUCUGGGACAUGGGAACCGAACAGAAUGGAUCGGACUCUAUAGCCAAGCAGAUUGCUCCAGAAUCUCACUGGCCAGAGCUCAGAAUUCUCAUCUUGGUGGUGAGUGAUCAAAGGAAGUAUGUGGGAAGUUCCGAAGGCAUGCAGACGAGUGUUCAAACCUGCGAACUACUCAAGAAGAGAACCGAAAUUGUCUCUUCCAGAAUAGAUCAAAUGACCGAAGCGAUUCUUAAAAAAGAUUUUGAAACAUUUGCAGAACUAACAAUGAAGGAGAGCAAUCAGCUUCAUGCUGUAUGCCUGGACACAUUUCCUCCGAUCAGCUACAUGCGCGAUGUGUCGCACCACAUCGUCAGACUGGUACACAACUACAACAAGAUCGUCGGACACACCAAGGUUGCCUACACAUUUGAUGCUGGACCCAAUGCCUGUUUGUACCUCCUAGAAGAAGAUGUUCCUGCAGUUAUGUCCCUUGUUAACCAUUUUUACCCUCCUGUACAGAAUGGUACAGAGCUGACUGUCAAAGGGCUUUCAAUAGAGAAAAUUCCUCAUCAACAGAACAUUGUUGAUGCUAUUCAGCUCCCAACGCAACCUGGUGCUGUCAAGUAUUGUAUUCAUACCAAGGUGGGACCUGGACCUCAAGUUAUUAAAUCACCUGCCGAAAGUUUGCUGGACUCUACAGGACAACCAAAGACUGUUUCAACGUAACAGAAAACAACAACAACAAAAAUACCUCUUUCAAAAUACCACAUUUUUAAACUUUAAUUUUUAAACAUUUCUUAGUUGAGUAUUGGGCUACUAAAAUUAAAGUAACCACCUUCAAAGCUGACCUCAAAAUGUAGAACAAAAUAAAUUCAUAUAUAUAUUCUUAGUGUGGUAUAUAUAGGUACCAUAAUAGUUAUUUAUUUAUAAUUUCUGCAUGUAGUCUUAUACUUCAGAGUUGGGAAUAGUGGUGGUGGGUAGGGGUAGACCGGCAUCAACAUAUGCAUAGUGCCUUAUAAUCCAUGUACUGGUUAAUGUACAUCACAAGCCUGGUAAUCUAUAGCUUAUGCCCUAUAGGUUAUAGGUUACGACAUAUUUUUGAAGUUCACAAUUCACAAUAUUAUUCCUAAUAUGCUGAUAUUUUAUUCAUUCAUAUAACUGUUCUCGUUGUAUUGAUACUUGUGUGUGUGUGUAAUUUAUAUUUAAACAGAACACAAUUGAUCAAAAUUUAUGUUGUGGUGUUUUCGUUACACAAUUUUGUGUGUAACAAAGUACCGUUCUUGAAUUUCUUGACAUAUGGUAAAAUCUUGGUAACCUAAAUGAUUGUUGUUGACUUAUUUCAGUGCCCAGGUCUGUCUGUCCAUCCGUCCGUCUGUCCCACAUAUAGUUGUUGGAUGUUUUUUUCACACUACCUUGAGAUACUGAGCUGAAAUUUUGUGUAUAGCUUAAUCAUGUAGUUACAGAGUUAUGGCCCUUGAAUUUAGGAGAUACAAAAAUUAGUUGGGCCCCAAUAGGGGACAUGUAUUGUUUUACAGUACACUCAGAACACCUGUUAAAAUGGCAGGGCCGUAGCUAGGAUUUUUUGUUGGGGGGGGGGGGGGGGGGGGUGGGAGACAACUGAGUAGUUAAUAGUCUACAACUCCUUUUCUUUAAGUUUCUAUAAUGCUUUCCAAAUUUUUUUCUUGGAGGGGGGGCAAUUGCCCCCUUGCCCCCAUGCUAGCUACGGCCCUGAAUGGGGGCUGCCAUCUAGGGUCCAAUGGCUCAAUUAGCAGUAAAACUAUGCAGUAUCUACAUUCCAACUGAUUGGAAGACGUUGUCUCCCUAAUUAAUACAUCGACUGAAUAACUUGGACAUGAUUUAUUUGAUUGAAAGCAUAUUUUAUUAGCCAUAUGGUUAAAAAUAUCUUUGUACAUAUCAAAGUGAUACGUCCCACUAGAAUGCCAAGUGGGAUGUCAAACUUCGACAUCACACGAUGAUGUCAUCGAUUGGUGCACUACGACCGUACAGGAACGCCAACCAAACGAGUUGAGUGAUAUAAAUUAAGAUCAAUUAUGGGUAAUAAAAAAGAUAUUAAACUUGCUACCAUUUCGAAUCAUGUUUAUGUCCCUUGUGAAAUAAUUUUCAUUGUCACUCGCUAAAGCUUGUGACAAUUGUAAAUUAUUUCACUCGGGACAUAAACAUGAUAUGAAAUGGAAGGUUGUUUAAUAUCCUAUAAUUAUUUUAUAAACAACAAAAGGAUUGGGCACAAAUUUGCCAAUAACAUGGAUGUAAUUUAUUCUAGUCAAAUAAACUACCGGUAUAUGUUGAUUGACAUGUUUUUGGUUUCUUUUUUAUUUUGAAAACAACCAGUUUUAUAUCCAUAAUUCAUAAAUAGUUCCUCUUUAUGUUUCUCUUUUAUUAGUUAAUUUUUGUUUGUUUUGAAUAGUACUUUUAGAAUGUUUCUUAGAAAGUUUGUAAAACCUCUGGUUCUAUUCUGUAUUUCCUUUUUUUUCAGAAUAUUAAAAAUUUGUAUUUUGUUCAUUCAUGUGUAAAAAUAAUUUUCAA